AUGUUCUACUCCGAAACCCUUCUCGCGAAGACGGGCCCGUUGGCGCGGGUUUGGCUCGCCGCGAACCUCGAGCGCAAGCUCACCAAACAGAACGUGCUGCAGUCCAACCUGGAGGACAAUGUCAAAUCCAUCAUCGCCCCGGGCCAAGCGCCCCUGGCACUGCGCCUAUCAGGCCAACUGCUGCUCGGUGUCGUCAAGAUCUACAGUCGCAAGGCGGGAUAUCUGGUAGAAGACUGCCACGAUGUCCUGAACAAGAUCAAGUCUGCCUUCCGACCUGGCAACGUUGAUCUCGCACCCUCUCACGCCACUGGAAACCCAACCACCCUCACACUACCCGACGCUGUCACCGAACUGGACCUGUUCGCUCCUCUACCCGACCCAGAGGAGCUGUUAAGAGGGAAUGAUGAGCGACGAGAGCCGGGCCGGGAUCCCACAUUGCUCGACUUCGGCUCAAGCACACUCCUCACCGAAUCCUCCCAGACCCCGUCGAGGAAAGAGAAGCGCCCGAUGCAAUUGGAGGACAUCGACAUUGACGGCUUGGAGUUUGGACUGGGACCGAAUGAACAAGGAGAGCGAUUGACACCCAUGUCCGACGACCGAAGCAUCGAAAUCGGCCGACGAGCCGAUAUGGCAAUGAGAGACGAUCCCACGCUCCUCGACGACGACAUUAAUCUUGGACUGAACUUUGGAGACGAAGGCAAUACCACACUAGGCCUUGGCGGCCCGGUGCAACUCCCAUUGGAUGGCGAUGAUGUGCUGAUGGCCGAUGAUGGCUACCAAGUGAAUGAUGACGAUGAAAUCGCAGCCAACAACGCAGCUGCCUUCGCCCGUGCCGAAGCUCGAGCGGAGGAGCGCAAACGCGACAGCGCGUCUCCCCUCUCGGAGUCAGACGAAACGCUAUUCCAGCUUGAUCCCAACGCGCCGGAAGACUCUACCCUGCAAGAAGUGCAGGCGGCGCAGCGCGUCAAGCGACGCAAGGUCAUGCAACAGGAUACCGAGACUCAAAUCCACAACUCGCAGAUCAAGAAGCAGCAAGAAGAUCGCUCCGGCAUCACGAAACAGCCGCAAUUCCUUCCGCGCGACCCUGUGCUCCUGCAGUUGAUGGAGAUGCAAAGGCACGGGCAGUUCGUGAGCCAAAUUAUGGGCAAUGGUAGGAUGGAAGGCUGGGCGCCGGAACUGCGCGGCAUCUUGUCAUUGGAGGUCGUCCGAAUGGCAGGAGAGAAGAAGAGGAAGCGAGACUCCGGCAUCGCAGACGUAGAUGAUGCAGAUGCGCGAGAGAAGUCACCACGCCUCGAGCUGCCCGAAGAAGAAGACGAAGGGAUCGUGGCAGGAGCUGGCGCAGACUUCUUCCAUUCCGACGGCGUGGCACCCAUCAUGUCUGAUGGCGUACAACCCGAUUUCCCUCACGACGAUGUGCAAGACGAAUCGGGGUACCAUCCCGCGUUCGACACGACUGAAGCACCACUGCUCCAUCCCUCCCAAUCCGGCCCCGUGUCUCUCGGAACCAAGACGGCGGUGCACGUGCUUCGCGAGUUCUUCGCGCCCGACCAUCCAAAAGAAUCCCGCGAGCCACCUACGCCUUCAAAGCGCGUGAAAGCGGAGGCUCUCUUCCAAAAGGAUCUGUGUCCACCAGAGCGCACGACGCGCGCAGACGCAACGAAGAUGUUUUUCGAAAUGCUGGUGUUGGGCACGAAAGACGCCGUCAAAGUCGAGCAGGAGAAGAGCGGCAGCAAUGGCAGUCUAGGAGGCAUGAUUCGCGUCCGUGGUAAGCGUGGUUUGUGGGGAGAUUGGGCGGAGAUGGGAUCGACGCAAGGUAUUGGCGAGGAGGAGGCUGCUGUGGUUCACGCUUGA